CCGACGCGCGACGAUGGCGACGACGGCGCGCGCGGCGACGACGCGCGCGGCGACGACGCGCGCGACGACGAAGACGACGACGCGCGCGACGACGACGACGCGACGCGCGCGCGCGACGAACGAGGGCGAGACGCGCGCGGCGACGGGCGACGACGAAGACGACGCUCGAGCGCGAGAGCGCGAGAGCGCGAGGCGACGGGACGACGCGUUCUCGUCGUUCGAGCGCGCGCUGGCGGACGCGGCGUCGUUCGGGUCGUCGAGCUCGUCGGGACGGGGGUGGACGCGCGUGGACGACGCGUGGGCGCUGGCGCCGCGCGCGGGCGUCGAGGCCAAGGCGGUGGUGCACUUUUGCGGCGGCGCGUUCGUGGGAGCGUCGCCGCAGGUGACGUACGGGGAGUUUUGCGAGCGAUUGGUGGAGCGGGGAGAGGUGGUGGUGAUCGCGACGCCCGUGCAGCUGGGGUUGGAUCACCUGCGCGUCGCGGACGAGGCGUGGCAAAAGUACGAGCGCGCGUCGAGGGCGCUGAGGAAGACGAUGGACGGGUUCGACGAUCUGCCGGUGUACGGCGUCGGACACUCGUUGGGGGCGUUGGUGACCGUGCUCAUCGGGUCGAGAUACGAAACGAAGCGACGGGGGAACGUGUUGAUGUCGUUUAAUAACAAGCCGGCGACGGAUGCGAUUCCGCUCUUCGCCGAGCUCUUCGCCCCGGGAUUGCAAGGACUUUCGCCCAUUCUCGACGCCGCGCAAAAGUCGCCGCUGCGCGCGUUGCAGCGAAACGCCGACGCGCAGCUUCGUGAGCUCGCGCCGCCUUUGGUCAAGGAGCUUUUACCCAUCCUGGACACUCUCGAGCCGGUGAUUUUGGAAGUCGCCGACGGGCGCGCCGAGUUCACGCCGACGCCCGAGGAAUCGGCGAAAUUGGUGAGGAAGUACUACGCCGUGCGCAAGAAUUUGUUGAUCAAGUUUACCGACGACACCAUCGACGAGACCAGCGCGCUCGCCGCCACGCUCGCGGGCGCGGUGGCGGCGGAGGAUAUCGAUCUCACCGUGCGCACGCGAAAAGGCGACCACGUCUUCCCGCUCUGGCGCGACACCGGCAUCGACGUUCCGGACGAAGUCUACGAGGCCGCGGAGCAAGGCGGCGAAAUUCUCGCCGCGUUCGGGGACGCGUUCGGGAUCAAAGCCGAUAGCUCGCCGCUCGGUGUACUCCGAGAGGGCUUCGACCGCGCGCGCACGCAAGCCAAGGAGGCGCGCUCGGCGCCGGGCGUCGACGAAAACCGCAUCCUCAUGAACGCCCUCGUCGACGACGUCGUGAAUUGGAUGGCGAUUUAGUAUUCCACGU